AUGGAAAGUGAUGCAAAUGAAAAUACAAAUUCAUGUUCAUGGCAACAGAUAAGAUCGAAAAGAAAACGUACUAAAAUAACACAAACUCCUGAUCUAUGCACAUCAGUAAACACAUCUAACAGGUUCCAAACGUUCUCAGGAGAAAACGCAGAUACAAACCCAAUCCAAAAUAGAGAUGACCCAAAUACCCAAACAGAAGAUCCCAAGCCGCCUCCUAUUUACGUUUACGGAGUAACAAACUAUAAAGAUAUGACUGACUCAAUAGAAGUUACACCAGAUGUAACUUAUUUUACCAGUACUCUUCCUGAAAAUGUUGUUAAAAUAAAUGCUAGAACACCUGAAAUUAAUCAACUUCAUGGGAGAGAAAAACAGUACACCAUAGUUACCAACUAA